UGCUGCUGCCGCCGCCGCCGCCGCUCCGCUUGCUGCGGCUGCUGCGCUUCCCGGCGGCGAGGCCCCGCGAUCGGGGGGCGGCCUUGCCCGAGGGCUCGGCCGGGGUCUCUCUCAGGGCGGCGGAUGCCAGGGCCCCGCCGAGCGGGCACGUCGCACCUCCCCUGCGCCAGGCCGGGCAUGUGAAGAUGUCAGUGGGCUGUGCGUGCCCAGGCUGUUCCUCUAAGUCAUUCAAGCUGUACUCUCCAAAGGAGCCCCCAAACGGCAACGCCUUCCCCCCCUUUCACCCGGGCACUAUGCUGGAUCGAGAUGUGGGACCAACUCCUAUGUAUCCGCCAACAUACCUGGAGCCUGGGAUUGGGAGGCACACACCAUAUGGCAACCAGACUGACUACAGGAUAUUUGAGCUCAAUAAGCGGCUGCAAAACUGGACAGAGGAAUGUGACAAUCUGUGGUGGGAUGCCUUCACCACCGAGUUCUUUGAGGAUGAUGCCAUGCUAACAAUCACCUUCUGUCUGGAAGAUGGACCAAAGAGAUACACGAUUGGCCGCACCCUGAUCCCCCGCUAUUUCCGCAGCAUCUUCGAAGGGGGUGCUACCGAGCUGUAUUAUGUCCUGAAGCACCCGAAGGAGUCCUUCCACAACAACUUUGUCUCGCUCGACUGUGACCAGUGCACCAUGGUCACCCAGCAUGGCAAGCCCAUGUUCACCCAGGUGUGCGUGGAGGGCCGCCUCUACCUGGAGUUCAUGUUUGACGACAUGAUGAGGAUAAAGACGUGGCACUUCAGUAUCCGGCAGCACCGGGAGCUCAUUCCCCGCAGCAUCCUUGCUAUGCAUGCGCAAGAUCCCCAGAUGCUGGACCAGUUGUCCAAGAACAUCACUCGAUGCGGACUGUCAAACUCCACGCUCAACUACCUCCGACUUUGCGUAAUCUUAGAACCAAUGCAGGAGUUGAUGUCACGGCACAAGACCUACAGCCUCAGUCCCCGGGACUGCCUCAAGACAUGCCUCUUCCAAAAGUGGCAACGGAUGGUGGCGCCACCUGCUGAGCCUGCACGUCAGCAGCCCAGCAAGCGCCGGAAAAGGAAGAUGUCAGGGGGCAGCACCAUGAGUUCUGGUGGUGGCAACACCAACAACAGCAACAGCAAGAAGAAGAGCCCAGCCAGCACCUUCGCCCUCUCCAGUCAGGUACCUGAUGUGAUGGUGGUGGGCGAGCCGACCCUGAUGGGCGGGGAGUUUGGUGACGAGGACGAGCGCCUGAUCACGCGGCUGGAGAACACGCAGUUCGACGCUGCCAACGGCAUUGACGACGAGGACAGCUUCAACAACUCCCCCGCGCUGGGCGCCAACAGCCCCUGGAACAGCAAGCCCCCCUCCAGUCAGGAGAGCAAGUCCGAGAACCCAACGUCGCAAGCAUCGCAGUAAAGCCCUAACCCCCCAGCCUGGCCUUCAACGGACUUGGCUGGCGUCCCCAUGGACUGAGUCGAAACCGUUCUACCUGGACAAUUUGUGAAGAAGAGUAGCCGGCUGGCUGGCCGGCAAGGUAUCAGGGCCGGUGGGCCUUGCAGCACCAGCCCGCCCACCUACCUGCCUCCAGUUGGCCUGGCCACCACUCCCUGAUGUCUGCACUCUUGGCUGUGCCCUUUAGGGCAGACUUGGGGCGCUGGGCCUGACGGAGCCUGGGUCUCACGCUAGGCCUGGCAGAAUUUUAACUCCUCCUCCCUUCCCACCCAUGCAUCCAGAGCUCCGGACAACACAAGCGGCACUCCUGCAGGAUGGCGUUCCGUGCUCUUUAUACGCCCCGUUGGAACCUGACUGGCACGAAACACCUCAGGAAGGGAAGGGGCCACGAAUGCUCUUGGCGAUUUGGCAGAAUGUCCAGCCCUAAGCACGUUUUAUAUAGAAGUCCAGCUCCAUAUUUGGCCUCAAGGGGGCUCCCUUCUAACAGGAGGGUCUGGCAACGUCAUGGGGGCAGCUAUUAUUUCUGUGGGGUGGGUCCCUCCUGGCGGCUGUAAGUGCAGCACUGGGGCUAGUGCUGCCCUGCCUGAAGACAAGGGGAGUUUAGUGCCUCCUGGAAUGUGGUUAGAAAACAACCCUGCAGUUGGCAUGAUUAGGGGAAGUGCCCCUUUUGGUCUGGCCCUCUUUCUGGCCUGCUCCUACAGAAAACUGCAAUCCUGACCCCUCCCCUGUACUUUGGGUUUGGUUUUUUUUUUUUUUACAAAAAAAUAUUAUUAAAAUUGUACGUUUAAAAAAAAUCUGCCCUUCCUCCCUAUUUCCCCCCAGUCCUGAUUUUUGUACAGGCUUGUCUACCAAUUGGGAGUCUUGGUUUUUAUAUACAGUUCUGAGAGCUUCAAACCAAGGAGAGACUUUGCAGACUUCCUUUCUACAUCCUUUGAGGACAGCAUGGCUGCCCCACUUUGCCCCUUCUGUGUAACUUGUGUGUGCUGCUGUCCUUGCUCCCUCCCUUCUCUACCACUCCCCCCCCCUUCGGGUUUGUGUACCUUGUGCUUGUAUAUUUCCGCGCUGUAGGCCGUGUGUAUGAUACUGUUCUUUCACUGUGUUCUCACUAAUGCAGCCGCUCCCACCAGUGGUUGGGGGAGUUCAUUGUGAUGGGCGUCCUUUGUGGGAGGCAGGAGAGUUCAGAGGGUACUGUCACCAGUUUACAGCAGUGCAGAACAUGGGGAAUGGGGGUGAACGCAACCUGGAGAUGGGGUAACACGUGCUUUGUAAAGAAGGGUGGCCAUUUCCUCCAUUACGGAGUGAGGUUCUACGUAACUUUUUUUUACAGCCAGAUCCAUCCUUCCUGGUGGGGAGUGACAGGGCUCACAAAGGUCCCCAAGGAAAGAAGACCUGUUCCUAAACCCACCCAGUUCACUCUCUGGUGUUUGGAUGUCACUCAACAUUUUGCACCUGCAAUUCCCUACUCUUAAUUUUGUCCCGAGAACCAUGGAGAGAAGUUGCUUUGUCAUGGAGGCCUCAAACCAAGCAUCUGUAAAGCUUGGGGUUGCCAUGCUUGAGGUAGCCCCCAAAGUCUUUUGGUCACCUCAUGGCAUGGACUGAUUGUGAGGGUGGUGGCAUUUAGAGGGCACAGUCUGGACUGUCAUGGCAACCACCCUUUGCCUUACUUAGACUGUUUCUCUAAGCUGGUCCCAGACUGCGAUGGGCUUUUCCUAGAAGGAUUGCUGCCGCCUGGCUUACCAUAGAGCUGCUGUUUCUGGCCCAUUGCUCUGUGGUAGACGCCACCUGGCUGAUGCGCUGGAAUCCCGCAAGUUCUCCAUUCCCCUGGAGGAGCCCAGAUGGAUCAACCUGGAACAUGCUUGGGGUGUGGGGUGGGACUGGUCACUUUUGUGUAACUGGGCCCAGAUGCUCCAUUCUGCUCUACCCCCCCGGGAGUAGGCAAUACAACAGUCAAUACUAUAAUUUACAGGGCGUUUUUCUGUAACCUUUUUGUACCUAAAUAUAUGAGUGUCACGUCCCCCAUUGCUGUGCUCGGCAUGAACUGGUGACGUGAACUCUGUCCCCUCUCCCCACCCUUCUUGCCCUUUCCACCUACCACUCCCCCCCCCCCGGGGCACUGUAAAGCCUUUUUUUUUUUUUUUGCAUAGUUUGUGCCAUUUAUGGUCAUGUAUGGUACCAAUAAAACAACUUUUUUCGGUUU